AUGAAAAAACAAGAAUAUCAGCUACAGCUCUACAAAGAGCAGGAUAUAAAAAGAAUAUACUUUAUCACGGGAGCAGGGCUGGUGAUGGGAAGUAUUCUUGGUGGCAUGCAGGGAAUACUUGCCUCACUUCGAAACACCCGAGGAAAAAAGAGAGGAAUGGCAUACUUUGUCUUGCAGCAUGCCCAGAGGGUGGGCCGCGCUGCAGCCACAGCAAGCUAUGCAUUUUCAGCAAGCGAGUAUUUUCUUUCAAAGAUUACCUGGCAAGCUUCAUCUCUCUAUCGCAUGAUAGAAUAAGCAAUAACUUGAAUAGCAUCUGAGUUCUAGCGAUGCUUUUAGUUUAUGUGUGCUUUCUUCUAUCUUUCUAAAUAUAAAGAAUACUAGAUCCAACACAUAAUUAUACAUAUAAACAGUACAUAUAGUACAAGAUAUCCCACAACAUACCAUAUAUAUUAGGAAUACACAGCACAUUUAUUUUCAAACUAUAACCCGAAAGUAUUAUAAUAUAAGCGCCUCCUAUAGUUGCUUUGUUACACUGCGCCUUCAUCAUUAUCUAUUAUAAUAGUCCCGCUUUUCUUUCACAGGUCGUGAUAAGCAUGGGAAUAACCCGAAAUUUGUUUGUCUUUUUAUAAUAAACACAAGU